AUGUCCGCCUGUACCAUUGCCAUUAUCUUUUCUCCCUAUUAUGUUGGCCUUGGUGAUCACCGUGUGGGCAAUGGUCCGAACGGAAUUCGAUCGCUGGGAUUAGUGAAAAAACUAGAACGACUGGGUGCCAAGAUUGAGUUGAAGGAAAUUAAUCGCGUGGAUGACUUUGAGGGUGAAAUCGGCCGCAGUUUUGAGAUUAUGCGUCGUACAUCGCUUGCAGUUACCGAGCCGUCACCAAGGAUACCGUUCAUUUACUAUGAUGCUCAUAACGAUCUUGACCCUCCUGAUGUCCACGAGAACGGCUAUGUUAAUCCAUGGAUUUGUCCAUACUCAAAGGUGAAAGUUGGAAGACUGGAUUUCGUCCGCGAGCUCAUUACCCAACUUGAACGGCGGUCAUACAGUCCGGCUCUGGUUCAUAUCGAUUUGGAUGUCUUGGAAGAGUCACGCGGAAAAGUUAACAAUUACCCAUCUUUUGGUGGUUUAUUUGAAUCUGAAUUGAUCGUCUGCAUGAACUUGAUACCCAAGAGGUAUACCCCCAAAUCACUUACGGUGAGUUCGUUUGACCCCGAUGCUGGUGACGGUGACAAGAUUGCUCAGAUUGCAAUUCGCGCUAUCAAUACCUUUGUCCAGUCGUUGUAAUCAUUGAUAAAACUGGUAUUUUGAUCAAAAGCUAGAACGGUUGGGAGUGAGGAACGUCUUGCAUACUAGCUAUCGAGACCAUCUCCUUAAGAAUGGGAUGGCUUUAAUAAAUAUAUAUUAUAUAAAGGAAAGAAAGAAACAUAUUUCUUUUUCCUUUUAGUCGGGGAUUUUACCAGGAUUAUGGUCUAGUUAAACAGAAGCGUCACUUAUUCAUCAACGCUAGCAGGCCCUUUUGGUUCAACCUGACGGACCUAAAAGAAAAUUUUGGAAAAGAAAGAAAAAGGAACGUUAAAAGUCGAAAAAGCCUACAGCAUCCCGGAUUUCCAUGUUGUCUCCAACCAUAGCACGAAACUAACGAGACCCUCAGAUGCUUUACUGCAGUCAUCGAACGGGAACUGGUCUGGUGUUUUUGCCUAGGUGCGGCCGUAGACGUUUGUUCCUGUCUGUAAGAUUACUAGUAAUUCAGUGUGUUCCAUUAAGGACUUUCUUGUUUACGUUUUGAAGCAAACACUCUUCUGUAUGAUUACAUCGCAAUAUUUCGGCCUUGACUACCGUUUAUGAAAGACGUGCAAUUACACGACACUGUGUUGAGCUAAACAAUAGUUUAUUGCAAUGGAAAUUUUCGUCAAAAUAUGUAAAUAAUCAUUAAAAAGGGUGUUCGAUUCUACUCACGAAGAAAAUGAACAAUACGUAAACAACGAUAUUGCGAGACGAAUUAAAAAGAUUCAUGAAAGAGUGAAUGAGAAAAGCAAUAAAACUUUGCUGGACCCGUCUGAUCCUUGCGUUUGUGAACUCGAAUGCACUUGAUGGACAGCAAUGUACACGGAUGCUCCAAAAGAAGUGGCAAACUACAAAGAAGUAAAGCAUUCUUAUUAAGAUCAUAAAUAAAAAUCAAAAGCUCAAACAUUAGCCCUUUGCUCAGCAAGAGGUUGAAGUUCGAUCUCUUCGUUACGAGGUGGACCAUUCCUGCUAAUUCUAUUCUGAAAGGUUAAUGAAAAAUCCUAAAUUAACAAUACCAAAUGUACUUAAUAGACGUGUAGGCACAUGGUCUUCAAUUGCAUCUGGGUUAUCUGAACAAGUUAGAACAGUUGAUAGAAAAUAG